AUGGUUCCCCCAAUUGGGCGUCCUGGCCAUGACGGUCCCGCACUGGCAGCUGGUCUCGCGACGAGUCGCGGAGCAGCAUGGGCAACGUCCAGCUUCUCUCAGCGGACAGACUUGGGCGAAUUGCAACGAGACAGCGGUAUCUCUCCAAUGCUGAACGACGGCCUGUUCAGCAGCAGCCAUGGCUCAUGGGACCAUCAGCAGCGGCAAGAUGAUGCCGCGUUUUCUUCCGUCCCACCUGCGUUGCUUCUGGUGGACGCAUUGGGCGUAUUUGCCGCUCAGGACGUCUGUGCCGUCCAAUACGGCCAGCAGCUGUUUCGGUGGCCGCAUUUGCCGGGCAUGUCUGCAGGCCGCCCGCAUGGCGAGGCGACUGAGGUCACCGCCAUUGUGACCGCGCUGUCGCUGGGGAGCGCGCGGUCGGGGGCGACGAUGUUGCUGUUGUUGCACCUGGAGCAGGCGUGGUGGUGUUGUACAUGGCCGCACGCUUUUCUUGACGUCGAGCGAGGGCGCGACGACGACGUGCAGGCGCAUCCGCAUCAGCAUCUGCGAGCGCCCUGUCAGUGUCGGCCAUGUCGUCCCCUGCUCACGCAAACGGGCGCCCGGGGCCCCCAGCGGCAGGUGAGCCCCGGCGCACUGAUGCCUCGUCGCCAGUCGCCAGUCGCCAGCAUUAGAUCGCGCGCCCGCUGUGCUACACGUGCAACCCGCCGCCAGUUCACGACGGUCGCCUGCCCGGCGCGUCAGAAAAGUCUCUCCGCCGCACUUGCACGCGGUUUUGCGAAGACUUCAAACCCGUGCGGCCGCGCGAGUCAACUGCGCGCAGAGAGCAAAGAGGCUCCAGAUCGCCCACCGCCCUCAUCUCUACGCCCCGGGCGCAGCGCAAUUGAGCCUGCAUCCCAGCAUUCCUCUGCUCCCACUAUUGACGGACGCCUAUUUCACGGGAUUCCGGCCAGACGAGAAGGCGAUCGCUCGGCACGCUCGGCGCAAGUGAAAGAGUGCAGGGAGAUUCGCAGCGCUCGUGAAACUAUCCCCCCUUCGUCAUCAAAGGCCCGAAUUCUCUGCUGCCCCAAGCGCACCGGCCACUUCUUUCCCGUCCACCAAGACCGCUUCUGUGGCCCAUCUGCAGGCCCAUUCGCACCCAUCGGCGAACAAGCUCGUCCCAACCGACCUCUGCUAGCCUACCAGACAUCGCGCUCUGAUUUCCGCACCCUUUGA